UCUUGUCUCUGCUCUGGGAACUCUGAGUGACUGUUUGGGAUGCUCUCUUUAAUUUUGUGGCCCGGAGUGGGUAUGUACCCGGAGUUCGGAGGAAGGACGGAGCCAGGUGCGUGCCACAGCGGGCUGUGAGCGCUUGGACCUGAAAUGAGGAUGCCGGGCGAACAGCCUUCAAUCGCAGCACCUGGAGACAGAGGCAGACAAAUCUCUGUGAGUCAAAAGCCAGCCUGGUCCAUACAGUAAAUUCUAGAAGAGUAAGACCCGAUCUCAUAAAGAAGAGUUUGACCCUCUGGCUCUCUAGCCUCUCAGGAUACCCUCUUGUAAUGUUCCUGUCAUGAAGAUCCUCAAAGGAUGCAACCCUCAAGACCCAAACAUAAGAGCCCUGCCAGCUCUGGGGGAGGAAAUUUGCAUCAUGGAACAGCUAGAGGGCUUUGAGGGAAGGCUGCUGCAGGAAGCCAUGUCCUCUCCAGCGCUCUCCCAGCUGCUCCUGGCUAUGAUGGUUCCCCUGCUAGAGCUGGAGUCCACAUUUGUCCCCACAGACCAGUCAGAGCUCAGUCCAUCUGGAAGGAAAUCUGGGCAGCAACUGAACCAGUCCAGUGGAGUAGAAGAAUCAGUGCUGAUCUCCAGCUAUGUGCAUCUGGAAUUUUCAAACAGAGCCUGGCCACAGGAGCUCUCUAAGAACUUUACUCUUCCUAAUGCCUUGGCAUUCCUUCCCCCAAGAAUGCUUACUGGCCUUUAUCUCACAACAGAGUGUCAUGCUAACCACAGCGGGACUAGCCUCUGCACUUGCCACCCUGGCUACCAAUGGAACGCCACGCUUUGCUCCCUUUACCCAGACUGCUGGGGCCACAGGUCAGAAAGAGAUCUCUGUAUGUGCCGCAGUUUCCAUGGUCCUGUUCCUGGCUACUGCCAGUUGCUGCCACCUGUUCCUGCAAACCUGACACUGGACUCCCAGCUGCAAAUGCAUGGGGACACCCUGAACCUCAUUCUCUUCAAGAAAGAGGAAGCUACAAACCUGAGAUGGUUCUUGAGACACUCAAAGAAAAACAGACCCAUUAUCCUAUGGCCGGGGACCAAUGUGUUACAGACGUCCAAUGAGGGCCAGGCUGGCCUUCGUGUUGCCCGCAUGUCCCGUCACUGGGCAGGUGAGUACGAGAGCAUCUUCGAGGCCCAGGGAUUCAAGUGGAGGUUGCGGCAGGUGGUGAAGGUGCCCUUGCAGGAGGAAGAAAUCGUUCGACUUCCAGACGCGUUGUCCAUCUCCUGUGCUGCCUCCACUGGGUUCCAGCUGAGCUGCUGCAUCCCGCUUACAACAGCCUACACUGCUACCUGGAGUCCUGGGGAAGACAGCCAAGCCUCCUUGCAAAAACAGUGGGAUUCCCAGUGCUUUGUGCUAGCUGUCCAGCACUGCCCGGCAGCCAGUACCACGUAUACCUGUACCCUUCAGAGUCGGAACCUGCCUCCGUUCACGGCUCCUGUCUCCAUCACGAUCAUCCAGGAUGGAGAUACCACGUGCCCCAAGGACUUCUCACUAAUUGCCUGGAAUGUCACCAAGGCUGGCUUCAUGGCCCAGGCCCCAUGUCCUGUGAAUAAGAGGGGUGUGGUAAAGAGGCUCUGUGGGACUGAUGGUAUCUGGAGGCCGGUCCAGAACAGCUGCACAGAAGCAAAGAUCCUAGCCUUGUGUCUUAAAGCCAAGCUGCUGCUGGAAGGCCAGGGAAAGCCUAACGAGGAGGUGCCAAGGAUCUUGAAUGAGCUGCAAGGGCAGGUGGGGGUGGCCAGCACCCCCUCUGACUUAUGGGAAAUGCUGCACACUGUGACCUUACUGGCCAAGGUGGUAGCAGAGUCAAGCACAGAGCUCACAGACAGUGCUCUGAAGGACCUCCUGACAACCACAGACAAGAUUCUAGACGUGAACAUCAGUUCUCUGUGGACUCUGGCCCAGGCCCAGAAGCCCUCAAUGGGCUCAGAUUUCCUGAAGGCUGUGGAGACGCUGGUCCACAGCUUGAGCCCACAAAAGCAUCCUUUCUCCUUCAGCUCACCUAAUGUGUUACUGCAGAGCCAGCUCCUCAGACACUCCUCUCCUCCUGGCUACCAAAUGCCCUUCUCCACCCGGCCCCUGCUGCAGGCAUGGAUUCCAUGGCAUUCACUGGCUCCACUGGUUCACAAUGGAACUAACAUCAGUAUUACUAGCCUAGUACUGCAAAGGCUAGACUAUCAGUUGCCCUCCAACUAUACACAGGGGCUGUGGAACACCCCAUACACCACUCCUGGGCUGGUCCUUGUGGUCUCCAUCACAGCAGAUGGCCAGGCUUUCACACAGGCAGAGGUGAUCAUGGACUUCGAGGACAUGAAUGGAACCCUGCACUGUGUCUUCUGGGACCACAAUGUCUUCCAGGGUCGGGGAGGUUGGUCAGAUGAAGGGUGCAAGGUGCAUGCGGCCAAUGCCAGCACUAGUCGGUGCAUUUGCCAGCAUCUCACGGCCUUUUCCAUCCUCAUGUCCCAACACACUGUCCCAGAAAAUCCCAUCCUGGGCCUGCUGAGCCAGGUGUGCAUCGGGGCUUCCAUCCUGGCUCUGCUCAUCUGCCUGGUUAUUUAUAGGCUGGUGUGGAGAGCGGUGGUCCGGAACAAAGUCGCCUUCUUCCGCCAUACUGCCCUGUUUAACACGGUGAUCUGCUUGCUGGUGGCAGACACAUGCUUUUUGGGAAACCCACUCCUUCCUUCAGGGUACCACAGCCUGGUCUGCCUGGUCACUGCUUUCCUGUGUCACUUUUUCUACCUGGCCACCUUUUUCUGGAUGCUGGCCCAGGCCCUGAUGCUGGCCCACCAGCUGCUCUUUGUCUUCCACCAGCUGUCCAAGCACUUAGUUCUCUCACUGAUGGUGAUACUGGGCUACCUGUGCCCACUGGGGUUUGCGGGUGUUACCCUGGGCCUCUAUUUGCCUCAAAGGAAAUACCUGAGGGAGGGGAAAUGCUUGCUGAACGGAGAUGGAGUCAUGCUGCACACCUUCAGCGAGCCAGUGCUGGCCAUCGUUGGCGUCAAUGGGCUGGUCCUUGUCAUCGCUGUGCUGAAGCUGCUGAGACCUUCGCUGUCAGAGGGGCCCACGGUGGAGAAGCGCCAAGCUCUUGUGGGGGUGCUUAAAGCCCUGCUUAUUCUCACGCCCAUCUUUGGCCUUACUUGGGGACUGGGCGUGGCCACUCUGUUUGAUGGCUCCAUAGUCUCUCACUGCCUCUUUUCCAUUCUCAACAGCCUCCAGGGGGUCUUCAUCUUAGUGUUUGGCUGCCUCACAGACAACAAGGUGCUAGAGGCCUUGCGAAAACGGUUUCGAUUUCCAGGCAGCCUGUCCUCCAGCUCUGCCAUCUCCAUGGUCACAAAUGAAACAGACAUCUCAGAACACAGCAAAGAAAGAAGUGAGCAUGCCAGUUAUGAAGAAAGGAUGGCUGAUUGACAGGAAACUGAUCUUCCAGACAAUGAAGAUAAAGAGCAGAAUUCUGUUUCUUUGGGGGCAGCACUUAGCUAUAAAGUUAUUACUAAUAUAAACUGCUUCAAAAUACAGCAAAAGAGGUCAUUUGCUAAUCCUUGAAGUAGCACAUAUACAGCAUAGAAAAAAUCCACAGUGAAUUCAACUAUUAAAACUGGUGACUGGACAUUAAGCAACAGUGAAACUUUUGACAGUACUCUCUCGAACAGGUAGGAAAUAAAAAUACAUUUAUUUAUUCAGGCUGACAAGGGAGGAACCCAGUCAUUUUGUGUUACUGACUAUAAAAAGUACUGUUGUAAAAAAGUAAUGUCAACUUUGGGAAGUGCUUUACAAUAAAUUCCUAACUUUAUAUUUACUUAUAUAAUCACAAUAAAAAGUUAACCACA